AAAAAAGCAGCUUUAUUUACAGCUUUUGAUUAGAUUUUUUUUUGUUGGGUUUUUGGUUUUCUUGUUUGCCUUAUCUUUGAAGAGCUCUAAACAGCUAAAUAUUUCACUAUUUUUUGUUGGGUUAUUGAAAAAAAAAAUUUAAAAGCUGUUUUUUUUUGUAAGCAAGAAGAUUAUGCAAUCGAUUUGUUCAUCUUUAAAGCUUUACUUGAACUAUUGUUUUCUUUUCACUUUAGUCAUCUAUGGUAGAGCUGCAAGAAUUUUGCUUUUUUUGGCUUGAAAUUCUCUUCUUUGUAAUUUUUUUCGUUUAAAUUUGGUUGUGUUUAUUUUUUAUUUUUUGCUUAAAAAUAGAGUCUUCGAUUCAACUGGUUCAAGUUCUCUGCUCAUUUGGGGUUGUUCUAUAUCUUCACAAGAAAGUCAGGGAUAUAUAUAUUGAAUGGGGACUGAUGCUAUUGAAGCAGGGGAGACUCCAUUUGACUCCUAUCCUAGUUCCUUUAAGGUGCACCACUUGAUGUGCACAGAGCUUAGGAAGUUUGUUGAUAGAAUUUUAAAGAUAUUUCCGGAGAUUGAAGCUGCUCGACCUAGAUGUUCCUUGGGAAUAAAGGCACUAUGCUCAUUGAACAAUGCACUUGAGAGAGCAAAGUUGCUCCUUCAGUACUGCAACGAAUCGAGUAAACUGUAUCUGGCAAUAACAACAGAUGCUAUAGUUUCGAGGUGUCAAAAAUCAAAGAAUUUUUUGGAACAAGGUUUAUGCCAAAUUCAGAGUAUGGUUCCAGUUAUGCUUGCUGUCGAGAUCUCUCAAAUUGUUGAUGAUCUUCGAGCUGCGUGUUUCGUCCCUGAUAAAUUCGAAGAAGAGGCUGGAAAGGUUGUUAGAGAAUUGCUUCAUCAGGGAGCAACAACGUCGGAUUCAAUGGAACUUCUUGAAAUGAGUGCUCUUCAAAAGGCAGCAUCUCGACUUCAUAUUACGUCUUCAAAAGCCAUCUUGAUAGAGAAAAGAUCCAUUAAGAAGUUGAUGGAAAAGGUCGCAGAUACUGACAUACAAAAGAAGAAAAUCUUGAAGUAUCUUUUGUAUCUGUUAAGGAAGUAUGGUCAUUUGAUUAUCGGGGAGCAAACAGACAAAACGGUUGAUCGUAAUGAAGGAGCUUUUACGGUUAAUAACCCCAGUAAUGUACCCGAUGUGGCAUCUCACAAGGAGUAUAAGCAGCACGAUGUUGAAGCUGAUAAGUUAAGCGGAUUAAUACCACCUGAGGAAUUUAAAUGCCCUAUAUCUUUAAGAUUGAUGUAUGAUCCUGUUGUUAUUGCUUCGGGACAAACAUACGAAAGGUUUUGGAUCCAAAAGUGGUUCGAUGAUGGUAAUGAUACAUGUCCAAAAUCCGAAACGAAACUGGCUCAUUUGUCAUUGACACCAAAUACUGUCAUGAAGGAUCUGAUAUCAAAAUGGUGUGCGAAGUAUGGAAUCACUAUUCAAGACCCGAGCUUGCAGUCAGAUGUGCUUCAGCUGUUGGAAAAUUCUUCCACUUCCGUAGCUAGUUUUGGUAGUUCUAUAUAUGAUAUGCGCUUCCCGGUUGACAUCAGCAAUGUAUCACUUGGAUCUUUAGAUACUAGCUAUACUUCUGAUGGAUCACGCAACAAGAUUGGAGAUGGGUUAAGUUUGAAACCGGAGCGGGGCAGUGAUGAUCUUCGCCAAUAUCAGAAUCCUCGCAAUGCAAGUAAAAUGAAUUUGGAGUCUCUAUGUAGGCUUCCCGAGUUUGAUUGGGAAUCACAAUACGAAAUGGUUGAAGAUAUGAGAAACCAUUUGAAACGUGACGAAUUAGCUUGUAUGUCCUUGUCAUCCAAGAAUUUCAUCGAACCGUUGAUUGAAUUUUUGAGCUCUGCUCUUGAUAUGCACAAUAGUAGAGCACAAAGAGCCGGAUUUGAGUUGUUGUUGACUUAUGUGAGCCAACACAGGAGCGGGAUAAGGUACUUAAAUGAAGAUGCAUAUAGCCUGCUAUCAUCAUCUCUCGACUCAGAAGUGACUAAAGAGGUUCUUGACAUUAUUGAAGUACUGUCCGGCAAUAGCGGUUGUUGGUCUAAGAUUGCUGCAUCUGGUGCUCUUGUUUCCAUUUUAAAUAUUCUCAACUCUAAGAUCACAGCAUUCCAGGAACGAGUCAUUAAAAUUUUGCACAAUCUGUCCUCGAGCCACGAUAUUUGUUCCAAUUUAGCAUCUUUUGAAUGCAUCCCAAAGUUUGUCCCGUUCCUAGAAGAUGCUUCUCUCGCAAGGCACUGCAUAGUAGUGCUGAGAAACUUGUGCAACAACCAAGAAGCCCGGGCUUCUAUUACUCAAACUCCAGGAUGUAUUACUUCUAUUGCUAUGUUAAUCGAGACCGGCACUCAAGAGGACCAAGAGCAUGCGCUGGCUAUUCUUCUCGCAUUGUGCUCGCAACGCGUUGAAUAUUGUCAGUUAGUAAUGGAUGAAUGCGAUAUAUUCCCUGCCCUUUUCGAUGUAUCUGUCAACGGGAGUGAUAAAGGAAAGGCAAGCGCAAUGGAAUUGCUACGGUUACUUAGAGAUACGAACCAUGAUGAUGAUGAACAAGAACAUCUUCAAUAUGACAAUGUCAUUUCCGAAGAUGCCAACAACUAUCCCAAAGACAAAAAGUCUCAUAAGUCAUUGUUCGGAGUCAAACUAUCUAUGUUCUCGAGAUCCAGUGCACAAAAGAAGAAGAAAUGAAAUUCGGAUUUUCUCAUGCUCGGGUUAACAAACAUCCUCCCUGGUAAGAUUCUUUCCCCUUUUUUGGGACACACUUUGCUUGCCAGACUUGAGGAACCGAUAUCAUCAUAUUGUAACUAAAUGUAGUUAGUUGGUAAAUGAUUUUGUCCGGCUCGAACAGUACUAAUUACCACGAUCUAGUUUCUUAGGUUUGAUUUAUGAUUAUUUGUAUGAUAUAUCUUAUGUCAUAUCCUGAUUGUAUAAUUCUUAUGAAUGUACAGUUUUCCAGCAAGUGGUUGAAUUUUUGUUUGUA